AUGGCAAAGAAGAAGAGGAGCAGAGGAACCAACAACAGUGAAGUAACGAAAUGGGAACCUCUGGUUGGUAGCAUAUACUGAUGUCAAAAGCAGAGGAACAUCGUGAGAGAGUGGAAGGAAUACUUCGGCAACGAGUCCAACCUUCAGAAUUGGCAACGGCUCUGCGGAGAUCUGGAUAUCGUCGGUGAUUUGAGCAGCAAAACAAAAUGUAAAAAGGCACGUCUAAAACUUCCGAAGAAGAUUCAUACUCUGUACUCCAGGAUGUUUCCGUCAACAGACACAUAAAUCCAGGCUGACUAGGAGCACAGGCACUGGAAGGCAUCUGGGUCAACAUCUGGGAUUUCUUGGAUGAUGUCAAAAGUGGAGUUCCAGUUCGGAAGUUUCGUUCUCAAGCCUCUCUCGCGGAGUAUACGAUCUCUACCCAACGAAUCUAUCCAAAGAAGGAGGCAAAAAAGCAAGGCCCAGUGAGAGCACUUCUGGCGCAUAUAUUCUGA